AUGUCAUCAUAUUCUGGGGAUGAUAACCGAUCUGGCCAAACUCGCCCCGUCAGUGCGGCCGCGUGUGAGGCAUGUCGGACAAUGAAGAUGAGAUGCAUCCGACGACAAAGGGAGCAACAGGAGGAUAACUCGACAGAACCAUGCCAACGAUGUAAGCGCACCAACCGCGAGUGCAAUAUACCAGAGCCGAGAAAACUUGGGAGAAAGCGUGGUGCAACAGGUCGCUAUCAAGGAUUUGAAAAAGCCUAUCGAAAAAUGCAGUCGGAAUUAAAGAAGGCGAAAACCUUACAUACGGGCGAGAAUGAUGAAAUGGACAAUUUCGUCGCAAGCGAAGAGCCAAUUCUAGACCUCUUAUUCUCCAACCACCCAACUGAAACAACCAUCUCCGCCCAAAGAUUACCGCAGUUAGGAUCUGAAGGCUCUUGCAUCCCAUGCUCUAACUCGAAUGUGCCAACUGUACAAGUUGAUGAGCCGUUAGAAAGUCCUGUCUCCCCUGUAUUCCGCAGCGGCGAACUCUCCCAAUCCAACAGCGAACCAAUCAGUAAUCCUUUGGCCUUGCUGGCAGAUGCCUCCUCCGCCGCCCAAGCCUUGGAGCUGCACUCGAUACCUGCCCAUAUUUCACCGGAAACGAAUAAACCAUCUUCUGUGGCGGACGAGUCCGCCAGCGAGUCAAUCGGUCGUCAACUACUUCAUCGGCCAGGUUACGUGUCACUUGGCUUAAAACUGGGCAGGGAUACUCUCGAAGCAGGAAUCGAUACCCUGGUCGGUCCUUGCGAGUACCCAUAUCGUUACUCGAACUAUUUCAAAUCGUCCCCACAGGUGCCUCUACGCGAUGUUGGCCCCGAUGUUGACCCGGUGGACCUUGGUCUAGUGACCAUGGAUGAGGCCUGUUAUCUGUUUCCAGUAUAUUUCGUCCGCUUGCAUCCAGUCAAUGGAAUCCUAGACCCGAUGCUUCACACUCCGGAUUUCGUGCGUUCACGAUCGGCUCUUUUGUUCACCUGGAUACUGGCCAUAACUGCGCAAUUCGAUCAUGGGUCAGCACCAGUCGCUAAACGAUUACGCCUUCAUGGCGAAAAGCUCUCAAAACACGUUCAUACCUGUGGAUAUAAAUCGGUUGAAAUCGUUCAAGGCUACUAUAUCUCAUUAUUAUCAGCCACUCCCGCAGAGUCACUGGUACACGAGCGUUCGUGGCUUUACACAAUGUACGCCUUUGGUGUAGCAGCCGAGCUGGGUCUAGACCAAGAUUCCCAUGCCAAAGAUGCGACCCCUCUGGACUCGAUCAAUGCUUCCUAUUCUAGAACCCAGGACGCAGCUCCAAUAUCACUCCCGGAAAAUGAUUCGUCAGGUUUAUUACUGGGGUAUCCUUCGAAAGACUCGACCGACAAUCAGCGCAUGGCGCGAAACCGUGAGAGAACCUGGCUGCGGAUUUUACUAUGGGAACGGGCGAACAGCGCAGCCUGUGGUAGAAUACACACUUUCCCGGAAACCGACUUGACACAAAGCAUCAACAGUUGGUGGCUCCACGAUCUGGCGGACCCCACAGACAAGCACACAUGUUCGUUUAUCACCCUGCGACGCAUUUUAGCUUCACUACAAAACGAACUAAGAAAUCAAGCUCGUUUAACACACGUUGAUCCCCAUUGGGUGCGAGAAAUGGUUGAUACAAGUCUAAGACCCUGGCGUGACCGUUGGCUAUCACAUCCAAUGCCCAAUUUAAUCACAUCGCCGUCUGAAAAGCUGUCUAACAUUUUCCUUCAUUAUGUUUAUCUCCACGGAAGGCUUUGGACCUUGUCAUUUGCCCUUCACGGUUCCAUAUGUGGGGACCAAAAUAUGGAUGCAAUCCGAGCGGAUUGCUUUGAGGCUGCAGUCAAUUCUUGCGAGCUCGCCGUGCGCGAUUUGCAUAAUAUUGGGGAGCCGUUAUAUUGCAUGUUGGCUCCGACUUGGGCUAUGAUAGCCUAUGCCGCGGUGUUGGCUUUGAAGCUAUUCCCUACCUUGUAUGGGUCCCGGGCCGGAAAUGACGUGGAGCUUCUUGCUCUACUUGGCCAAGUUGCCAUUCAAUUAGAGCGUGCAGGUACAACCCCGUCGCAUCGAUUUGGAAUUGCUGCAUUACUUGGACAGCACCUCAUGAUGAUCCUAAGAGCUAGAACAGCGGGGCUGAAAUACUCAAAUCAACCUGGCCAGACUAGAACAGAUGCGACCUACACCAGCAUGGGUUUUGAUGACGGAGCGAGACAAUUUAUGCCCCAGCAAUCCCCCAAUUUGAAGCCAUACGAGGCUCUCAUCUCCGAUCACGAUCCGUUCUUGACUACAGCUUCAAUGUCUACUCAGGGGGAUUUAACUGGUGAGGGAUUUGCUGAAUUCUUCCGGGAAAUGUUCGGGCCUGGAUUUGGAGAUGUCUUUUGA